AUCGCAAAUCGCUCUCUCGCCCCCUUCGGCGGCUGUUGUUCUUCAUCUCAGGUACGAUUUACAAAAAUCUCCCUCUUUUCUCAAGAAAUCCAAUUAAAUCCCUCUAUACAAUCAAAACCCUAGAAAUUUCAUUCCAAUAAUCUUUUUCCCCCUAAAAUUCUGUUUUCAAUUGUCAAUUCCAUUUCUGAAAUCAGACCGCAAAUUGGAUUUUUUUUAAAUCCGUUUCUCUCUAUAUAGAGAUUUUGGAUUUCAUUUUUACGGGAUUUUGUAGAUUUUCUAGGGUUGGAUGGGGAGAGGUGGGAAAUUCGAUUUUAGGAAGGGGAAUCGAAAGAGAAAGAGAAAGCCGAUUCAAUCGAAAGAUGAGGGUUCGGAUGAUUCUGAUGAGGAUUACGUGGUGGAAGAAGAUGAAUCGGAAGAUGAGAAUUCGGAGGAAUCUCGCGCCUUGUCUUCUGGUAAUUUCUCUGAAGAGAGCUUUGAUUUCUCUGCGACGAGUUGUAGUGGUGGUUCUGAUGAGGAUCGGAGGGCUGUCCGACCGAAAUCUAGAAAGGGCUCUGGGGGAGGGAGGAAAUCGGGGGCUAAUCGUAGGAAAUCUAGGGUUUCAAGCACCACAUCUGAAGAUCUGUCUGAUGAGAGCUUUGAUGUUGUGGCGACUAGUUGUAGUGGCAGCUCUGAUGAGGAUCUGAAGGUUGUCCGGCCGAAUCCUAGAAAGGGUUUUCCAGGCCGAAGGAAAUCGGGGGUCAGAGAGAGGAAAGUUAGGGUUUAUAGGAUUUCAGAUGAUGGCACGGAUGAUGAUGAAGAUGAAGAAUUCAUGCCGGAUAUGGACGAUUUUGUAGAUGACGAGGAAGAAUAUCAGGUUGGAAAGAAGAACAGGGUGCGGAAUCAGGUGAGUCAGAGGAAAAGGCCUUCAGAAAGCAGAAGAGCACAGCGGAAAUCGAAGAAGCAGAAGGAGAAAAAGAAGACAGCCACCAAGAGACAAGGGAGAUUGGUUUUGAGAAGAACAGUGAGCUCUGAUGAUGAUUUUGUCAUGGAGGAUAGGAUUGUGGAAGAGAAGAGUAGGAAGAAGGGCAGGAGAAGGAAGAGGAGAGCAAUUGUGCACUCAGAUUCGGAUUUCAUGGAUUCCGAGUCUUCAGAUUUUGAUUACACUAUAUCCGAGGAAGAAAGAGAGUUGAUAAGGGAAGCAGGUAAUAAUGGGAAUUUGACUACUGGCUUAAGGAGUUCGUCGUUGUCAGAGAGAGUGCAGGUUAAUGGGGCUUCUACCCGUCAGCAAGUAAAGAUUUUGGAAAGGAAGGGGAAAGAGAAGGCCAACGAUUUACAGCUCGAUGUGGGUAAGCAAGUAUGUGGGAUUUGUUUGUCAGAAGAACGGGAAGGGAUUGUUCGUGGGACACUGAAUUCUUGCUUUCAUUAUUUCUGUUUCACUUGCAUAAUGGAAUGGUCGAAGGUGGAAUCUCGUUGUCCAGUAUGCAAACGGAGAUUCAAGACGAUUAGUAAGCCGGCGCGAUCAGACAUAGGGAUUGGCCUAAGGAAUGCAGUGAUAAGGGUCCCAAGACGUGAUCAGGUUUAUCGACCUUCUGAAGAAGAAAUGAGGGGUUAUCUUGAUCCUUACGAAAAUGUGGUUUGCAUAGAAUGCCAACAAGGAGGGGAUGAUAACCUUAUGUUACUGUGUGAUAUCUGCGAUUCCUCUGCCCACACAUACUGUGUUGGUCUUGGGAGGGAAGUACCUGAAGGUAAUUGGUACUGUGAAGGUUGUAAGUCCUCUGAUCUCAGGACUGCAAAUUCACAAGUUCAGGAUUCUGUGCCUGAUCAGGGCACUAGCAACAGUGCCUUACGCACCGAGCAUGCUGCCAGCAGAAUUGAUGCAGAAGGUUUUGAUAUGCAUACGCAUUCUUGCACAGCCUCCCAACACUCGGUAUCUAUACCACAACAAUUGUCCUCUCUUGGAAUUGAUAUGCUUCCCUCUCCUCGAUAUACUGUUGGAGAAGAUCGCCAAGCUGCAUCACCAAUGUCUGGAGGGGCAGCUUCAACUGUCUUGGAGAGGCGUAGGCUACGUCUCCGGAUACACCAUUUAAUUUCCAAUAGCAGGAUGACCCAAAUCUGUGAAAUGUUCGACAGAUCUGAUGGGUUGCUGCAUACCAGUCAUGAAAGUGAUGUUCACAUUCCUGAAGAUGAACAUGCAAGACGACUAGAAAGUGGUGUUUCACAUUAUGCAGCUGUUGAAGGUAGGGCACAAGUCAUUGAUAGAUCAUCAACGUUUCAGGGGGGAAGUCGCACCUGCUCAGCACAAAAUGGGGAUGCUUUUCAUCCAAGAUUAAGCUAUGCAAGAAACCAAGUGACUCAGGGCCUAAGCGCCACCCCUUCCAUUGACCUUGCCAAUGAAUCUUUGCAUGCUGAACAUGGAGGUAUCAACCCAUCACACACAGUGUUGGGUGAUGAGCAGUGGAGCAGGCCUGUUAUUGGGUCUACUGCUAACAUUUCUCGAUACAUGCAUAGUGAGGGAGGCAGUUCGCAUGCGGCAGAAGAUGCUAAAGACCACGUGCGGACCAUAGUGAAGAGCCAUUUGAAGCUCUUGUGCAAAGACCUUGGGUUGGGACGUGAUGCUUUCGCAGAGAUUGCCCGACGCUCUACCCACACCAUUUUAGCAGCGUGUGGAAUCAGGCACAGCAGGAGUGCUACUAUACCCAUAGAGCAGCCAUCUGACUGUACCCACGUCGAGAAAGAGGGAGAGCAGACGACUCUAAUGAAGGGUUAUUGUGCAUCUUGCUUCAAUUCCUUUGUAGGAGAUGUGGUGCUGACGAUUACGAAGAUGAAGCUGCCACAGUAAGGUUUUGGUGCAAGUCUACCCUUUCCUCAUUUUUCAAUUCAUUGUCAUUCUUCUUUUCCAAUUCUCUUUUUUCUUUUUAUUUCUGAAAUAUCUAUUGGAGGGGUAUUGAUGGAUUAGAUUUAUUGAGAUGGGAUGGUUUGGACAACAAUGCAGUUCAUUUGAUUCUCAAGUGUUUUAAGUAGUUGUUGCUCUGAUAGAAGACUGGGAGUUAUACUGUUGUAAGGAUGGAUGAAAAGCAGCUACAUGUCUGUGGUCUGUACACUAUAUAUGAAGAUAACUUUUUUUUUUCUCUUCCUCGUCUAUUCAAACAGGAAGGUACAUUUCA